CCAAGGCCAGCUUUUUCCAUGCUCAGCCAAGCCGAGUAACAGUCUCACAGCUGAACUUCCAUUCAUUGUUGCCACGAUGUCUUUCUAUCAGAGCUCCUCUUCCUCCUAUGGUGGUGGCCUGGGCUCUGGCCGCAUCUCCUCUGGCCGCUUUGGAUCGUCCAGCAUGCAUGGUGGAGGUGGCGGCCGUGUGUCUUCCUCCUCCGUUAGGCUUGUCUCUUCCGGGGUAGGAGGUGGUUAUGGAUGUGGGGUAGGGGGAGGCUUAGGAGGCGGCUAUGGCACUUCCUUGGUUUCUGGUGGUGGUCUUGGCUACGGCGGUGGCUUUGGUGCUGGAGGAGGUUAUGGAAGUUGCUUUGGUGCUGGAGGUGGAGGAGGCGGCGGCUAUGGCUUUGGGGACUUUUUGGCUGGGGGUGCCGGAGGUGGCGAUGGAGGCCUCCUGACUGGGAACGAGAAGGUUACCAUGCAGAAUCUGAACGACCGCCUGGCAAACUACUUGGACAAGGUGCGUGCUCUGGAGGAAGCCAACACAGAGCUGGAGGUGAAGAUCCGAGAGUGGCACCUGAAGCAGGCUCCCACCAGCCCAUCCAGGGACUACAGCCACUAUUUCAAGAUCAUCGAGGACAUCCGUGACAAGAUCCAUCAUGCCACAGUUGACAAUUCAAGGAUUGUCUUGGAGAUUGACAAUGCUAGGCUGGCUGCUGAUGACUUCAGACUGAAAUAUGAGAAUGAGCUGCACCUCCGCCAGAGCGUUGAGGCUGACAUCAAUGGUCUGCGCAGAGUCCUGGAUGAGCUGACUCUGUCCAAAUCUGACCUGGAGAUGCAGAUCGAAGGGUUGAAGGAAGAUCUGGCUUACCUCAACAAGAACCACGAGGAGCUAAUGAAAGAGUACAACUCUCAACUGACGGGAACUGUCAACGUCGAGAUGGAUGCCGCGCCUGGAAUUGACCUCACCAAAGCUUUGACCGAGAUGAGAGAGCAGUAUGAACAACUGGCGGACAAGAAUCGCAGAGAUGCGGAAGCUUGGUUCUUCUCCAAGACUGACGAACUGAACCGCGAAGUCGCCACCCAUACAGAGCAGUUACAGAGCGGCAAGAGCGAGGUUUCGGAACUGAGGCGCACGAUACAGAGCCUGGAGAUUGAGUUGCAGUCGCAGCUUAGCAUGAAAGCUGGCUUGGAAACCAGCUUGGCAGAGACAGAAGGACGGUAUUGCGCUCAGCUGGCCCACAUCCAGAACCUGAUCUCUGGUGUGGAAGAGCAGCUGGCCGAGUUGAGGAACGACAUGGAGCGCCAGAACCAAGAAUACAAGAUGCUCAUGGACAUCAAGACACGGUUGGAACAGGAGAUCGCCACCUACCGCAACCUGCUGGAGGGCCAGGACUCCAAGAUGACAGGAUGGUCAAAGGAAGGAUCUCAUGGUGGAGGUAGCACCAGCAUCAGCUACCACAGCGGCAGCGGUGGUGGCAGCGGCAGCAGCUUUGGCAGCAGCACCACCGUCACAACCAGCAAAAAGCACUCCGGCAACUUCUGAAUCUCCUGAGGAACGACAAUCCGGUUCCGAAAGCUGUGCUCACCUAUGGGGAGAAACCUUCCCGCAGGACGCCCACAGCUCACCGCGAGAAACGCAUGCACCCCUCCCCGCUUUACCCAAGUGUGCCUCGGCUUGGCCACUUUCUUAACGGCACCCCCUCACCAGCUUUGCCUUCAUCGUCAUCCUCACGACAGAUGCACGUUUUUGUAACGCUCUCAAUAAAGAGAUAGCCUCAAGCUCUUUUUGCAAAUAA